UUGUCUUUGAUCAAUAUGGAUGAAAUCGGUGAGCAGGUCUGCAGCAGAGUUUCUAACAGAAGGAGAUAAAGACAGAGAGGAAGGGUGGUGUUUAAAUCCAUGGCUCUAACAGCUGAGACGUGCCAUUUGGUUUCUAUAGAAACACACAAAGAUACAAAGUGGUACUCUGUCGUCUGAGGAGCUGCUACUCUCUGCAUCAAGGGCAUGUUGCCUCUCUCUAUCACACACUCACCUUGAGGUAAAGUUUUCAAAUGAGCCGUUUCGAAAAUCCGUAGCAGGAAAGUCACCGUUUGUGGAGAUUUUUGAAAAGUGCAAUGACAAUGAAAGCGGGCGUGGGACUCCUCUCUUCAUUGAUUCUGUUCCUACUGAUAGGGGCAGUGUUCACUCAGAGACCUCGGCCAAAGAAGCCCACCAGACGUCCAGCCACGACCAGGCGACCUUCAGUCCCCAAGCCUGUCACUCCAGCAGCACUAGAACCCCAGGAGCCCACAGACUUUCCCCCGCCCAUCCUAGGCCCUCCUUCCUUCUUCCCCGACUGCCCCCGUGAAUGCUUAUGCCACCCAAGCUAUCCAGAAUCUCUCAACUGUGAGAACCGGAACCUCCGUGCAGUCCCAGUCAUCCCACAGAGAGCACACUACCUGUACCUACAGAACAACUACAUCUCAGAGUUGACUGCAGAGGCCUUCAACAACGCCACAGAUGUCCGCUGGAUCAAUCUGGCAAACAACCGCAUUCAGAAAAUAGACAAACAGGUUUUCCAGAAGAUCCCAGCACUGCUGUAUUUGUACAUACAACGAAACCAGCUAAAUGAAGUCCCAUCAGGUCUCCCAACAAGUCUGGAGCAAAUUCGCCUUGACAGGAAUCGCAUUUCAAAGAUUCCUGCUGGUGCCUUCAACAAGCUGGAGAACCUGACUCUGCUCGACCUGCACUACAAUCAGCUGAGUGACACUGCCCUGGGAAAGGGCACCUUCAAGGACCUGAAGAGCCUUAUGCAGCUCAACUUGGCUCACAAUGUUUUGAAGAAGAUGCCAUCUGGCGUACCGAGCAACCUCAUUCAGCUUUUCCUGGACAAGAACCGCAUAGAAGACAUCCCAAAAGAUUAUUUUAAAGAAUUCACUCAUCUGGCAUUUGUGAGGCUGAACUACAACCAGCUGAAUGAUAAAGGAGUUCCCAAGGCCGUGUUCAAUGUGUCCAGCCUGCUGGACCUGCAGCUGGCCCACAACCAGCUCACAGUGGUUCCUCUCUUCAACACGCACCUGGAGCACCUGCAUCUCAACCACAACAGCAUUGAGAACAUCAACGGCACUGAGAUCUGUCCAUGUGAGACACAGGCCGACCUGGUUGAUGACAGUCUGGUGCCGAGGCUAAGGUACCUGCGUUUGGAUGGGAACCACUUGCAUCCUCCCAUCCCUAUGGAUGUCAUCAUGUGCUUCAGGCACCUUCACUCCAUUGUCAUUUAAGGGCGUUCACCCAUGAAACCCCAUAGACGACUGCAGCACACAUUGGAAGUUCAAGACAACACAGGCUCAGUGAAAGUUUCAAGCUUCACGCAAGCUGUGAAAGAGGGACUCCACACAAUGUUUUUGUUUUUAAUGAAAAUCAAAAAGUUGAACUACAAAUAGAAGAAAAGCAGAGGUUUGCAUGAGUGUCAUUUAUCAGAAAAUGACCAAAAAAAUGUGUGUUUUCCAGCAGACGAAAUGAGAGUUUAGGAGCUACCAGUGACAGACAGACCUGCACCUUCAAAGUUCUCAAUGUAAAAGUAACAUCUUUUUAUUCUUGACAAUCAUAGUCUCAUGAAUAUUAUUCCUUUGUAUAAAGACUCUUUGUACAUUGAUGGAAAAUAAAAUGUCUUCGGUCA